AUGUCUUCUGCCGUAACAUCAACCGAAAGCAUUGUUGAAAAAAUGUUGCAUCCAAAGACUACAGAAAUAUACUUUUCACUUAACAAUGGUGUUCGUAUCCCAGCAUUGGGUUUAGGGACAGCAAAUCCUCAUGAAAAGCUAGCUGAAACAAAACAAGCCGUAAAGGCUGCAAUAAAAGCCGGAUACAGACACAUUGAUACUGCCUGGGCCUACGAGACAGAACCAUUCGUAGGUGAAGCUAUCAAAGAGUUAUUAGAAGAUGGAUCUAUUAAAAGGGAAGAUCUUUUUAUAACUACAAAAGUGUGGCCUGUCCUAUGGGACGAAGUGGACAGAUCUUUGAAUGAAUCUUUAAAAGCCUUAGGCCUAGAUUACGUCGACUUGCUCUUGCAACAUUGGCCGCUAUGUUUUGAAAAGAUCAAGGACCCUAAAGGGAUUAGCGGACUAGUGAAGACUCCAGUUGAUGAUUCUGGAAAAACAAUGUACGCUUCCAAGGGUGACUAUUUGGAGACUUACAAGCAAUUGGAAAAAAUUUACCUUGAUCCUAACGAUCAUCGUGUUAGAGCCAUUGGUGUCUCAAAUUUUUCCAUUGAGUACUUGGAGCGUCUCAUUAAGGAGUGCAGAAUUAAGCCGACUGUCAAUCAAGUGGAAACCCACCCUCAUUUACCACAAAUGGAAUUGAGAAAGUUCUGCUUUAUGCACGAUAUUCUGCUAACAGCUUACUCACCAUUAGGUUCCCACGGCGCACCAAACCUUAAAAUCCCACUGGUGAAGAAGCUUGCUGAAAAGUACAAUGUCACAGGAAAUGACUUGUUAAUUUCUUACCAUAUCAGACAAGGCACUAUCGUAAUUCCAAGAUCCCUGAAUCCAGUUAGGAUUUCCUCGAGCAUUGAAUUUGCUUCCUUGACAAAGGAUGAAUUACAAGAGUUGAACGUCUUCGGUGAGAAAUACCCCGUCAGGUUCAUCGAUGAGCCAUUUGCAGCCAUCCUUCCAGAGUUUACUGGUAACGGACCAAACUUGGAAAAUUUAAAGUACUAA